CAACCAAGACGUUUUAGCCCCUUAAACACACACAUACAUAUGCAUGCACGCAACACACUAUCCAACACCUUCCACAACUCACACACCAAAACACACAAAGGAUUUGAACCUUUUCUCCUUCCCUAAAUGUUACUUGAAGGUAAUGCUGUUGCUUCUACUUGGAAAUAACUUCAGCAGAAUAAGCGAUUGCAGAUGGAAGAGCUUUGACUUGUAACAGCCUGGAGGUAAUUAUGGCUGUGGGUCGAGCUGUGGACAUGACUUUGAUGGACAUCUCCAAGAUCUUCUCGCUUCUGCAGCCCAAGGACGAGGACGAAAGCAACGAGCUGAGCCAAGCCUUGAACAGCGCCGUGAGCAGUGACAACGCCAUUCUUCUCUCUGAGCUUCUUUCUCAAGAGCGCUACAGGAGGUCUAUUAACACUCGAAGCGGCUGGGGGGUCCCUGUCACCCCCUUACGGACUGCUGCUGCUCUGGGACACCUUAAGUGCCUGGAGCUCUUACUGGAGCAUGGAGCGGAGAUAGACAGCCUGGAUGUGAAGGCCCAGACGCCACUGUUCACGGCUGUUAGCGGCAAACAUCUGGACUGCGUGAUAGCUCUGCUGAAGGCCGGAGCCGACCCAAACGGCAGCCAGCACAACAACUGCUCACCGGUUCUGACCGCCGCUCGGGAAGGGGAUGUGGACAUUCUCCGAGAGCUGCUGCGCUAUGGAGCUGAGGUGGACGUUCGACCCAAAAUACCGGAGUGGGCAUCAAAUGCCACAGCGUGUCGAGGGCCUCUUUAUAUCUCAGCUGUGUAUGGACAUCUGGACUGCUUUAAACUCCUCCUCCAGCAUGGAACUAACCCUAACUUUAACUGCACAGAUGAGAAGAUACUGGCCCGAAUAAAACAGCCAAAGACUGUGCUGGAGGUGUGUUUGCGUUACGGUUGCGGCGUGGAGUACAUCCAGCUUCUUAUAGACUUUGGAGCAAAUGUGUAUCUGCCUACACUCAUCAUUGACAAGACAACAAAGCAGAAUGAAGCCUUGUGUUUUCUACUCAAGGAAAGGGUUUGUCCCAAACCUCUGAUGUCACAGACUCGGCUGGCAAUCCGCAGAAACCUUCAUUUUACGAACAAAGAGCCUGGUAUAGACAGGCUGGAUAUUCCUCCAAUCUUGAGAAACUACCUAAAGCACAACACCUCUGAACACGUGGGAUGUUUCAGUUAGCUUCAGGACAAAAGAAGCCUCUUUAUAGAACAAGCUUCAUACUGUCAUGUCCUGUCUUCUUUUUUUUUUUUUUUUUAAACGAGAAGGGCUGUCAAGUUUCAAUAUAUUAAAUUAAUCUCCAAAGCAUGCAUUCUUUAAAAUCAAUUAACAGUUUUCUUUACAUCCUGUGGCAGUUUAUUAUGGAGGACCAAAAGUGCAAAAAUAUUAAACAAAAUGAAAAUAAAAACAAACAAACAAAAUGGAAUAUAAAUACAAACUUAGAAGAGUUUCUCGCCCGAAGUUGGAUACACGUGGAUUUGAAGUUUUACUUGGUUGACGCGUGAUGGAGGAAUCUUAAACCAAAAAGUCAAGCGUUGUCUUAAACCUGAUUUCCAUGUUAUAAAGAGGCCAUGUUUUUUUUGCAUUUGGUUUGACUUCAGUUUUUGGUGAGAAAUUUUCUUGCUGCUUUUAUUUCUAGUUGUAAUCAUCUUUGCUUAGAUUUUGAGUUAUCUUUCUAGUUAUUUAGAAACCUUUUUAAAACUUGAUUCUCACACAUACGCCUAUGAGAUCUGCAAUUAAGUGGCACACGCAAGAACAUGAAGAACAUUCUUCUUUAAGAUGGUUGGAAGACCAUAAUUAGGGCGUUCACAAGACUGUUCUUUGCAUUCUUCAUUUUGAGAAAUGGACAGUUUUUGGUGGACCUGGUGCCAAAAGUACCGCCCACCACUUUGUUUUAGGAAUGUGUGAGGAGAAAACACACACAAGCACAUGACACUUCCACAAAGAAAAAUUGGAGGAGCCAGUCAAAUGCCAAACCUCAGGAUUGUGAAGCAGACACAUUCUCAAAACUUUUUAUACCAAGUACCACCCCCCAUUAAUAAUGUUCAGCUCUCCAAGCAUCACCAUAUUGACUAAUAUUAAAAUACAGUAGGAAAGUAGGCCUGAGUGUUCAUCAAAAGCAAGGUUGUCUUUAAUCCAAAAGGACAAAUGAUAACAUUGUAGCCUACUGUGGCAUCAUGCAGUUAACAUAAAUCCAAUUAACAUCAACAAUGUGCUUCAACAUGAGGAAAACUGUCCCUAAUCAUAACUUAAAAUGCUAAAAAAAAAAGAAUGCACUGUAGUGGGUUGACAUAAUUCACCCGGAACCUAAGUUCACGUUGCCGAGUUCCAGUGGGAUGGUUUACAGGUGUGGGAGUUUCCUGUUGAGUUUAGUGUGUGUUAGGAUCUCGAGGGGAAAAGAGUCGGCCCGUGGUUGAGUGAAGAUAAUUAUAAAUGUCAUUAAAACAACUGCCGUUGGCACCGUUAUUUGUCA